AUGACAGAGAACCCAAUUUUCGUUUUGUCUGAUACUCUUGUAGUGGAAGCCCUGAAUUACAUGGUGAAAGAACAGUUUAGUCAGUUACCUGUUGUAGAGAAUGGCAAGGUUAUUGGUUUACUUCACCUGCUUUUAUCUUUAUUUGAUGAAACGGAAGAUAUGGAAACGGCAGCUGAAAAUUACGACAAGGUUGUAGAAGCUGCGCAUGCAGUGCAAAGAGUCACACAGAGCGCUUUAACCGUGGAGGAAUUUCCUCGAGACAGUGCCAUGAUUAUACCUGAAACCAAAACUAUAUACCAAGCCUGCUGUGAUAUGGUUGCUGAUGAAAGUGAUGCUGUAGUACUCACCGGCUCAAAUGUGAUAUUCAGUGGUAUAUUGACAAAAAAGGAUAUUGUAUCAAGAAUCAUUCCUUGUGGGAUGGAUAUUGUAAACACACCUGUGUCAAUGGUGAUGACAAAGAAGCCAAUUUUUGUGUCCUAUGAUACUCUUCCCAGGGUAGUCCUGCCAAAGAUUGUACUGCAAGGACAAGGGACACAUUUGCUUGUGAGAGAGAACGAUGAAGAUGGUGGUGGUUUUAUUUACCAUUCACUGAAUCCCCCACAGCAAUCAAGUAAACCACUUCCAGGUGUGAACAGAAAUGUGGAUUGCUAUGAAACAGAUGGUCCUAGUCUUACACCUUUUGUGCACGUGUCCAGUUCACCAUAUCCCAACAUUGAUCCUUAUGAUAAAUUUGUCGCCCCUACAGUUGUGUCACGUCACCCGAAGCAAUCAAGUGAACCACUUUCAAGUGUUAAUGGCAACGACAAGUGGGAUGAAACUCAUGGUCCUGGUCUUACACCUUUUAUGCGCGUGUCCAACUCACCAUAUCCCAACGUUCAUCCUUAUGAUAAAUUUGUUGCCCCUAAAGCUGUACUACGUCACCCGGAGCAAUCAAGACCAGGUGUUAAUGGCAACAACGAGUGGGAUGAAACUCGUGCUCCUAGUCUUACAUCUUUUGUGCGUAUGAGCAAUUCACAAUAUCCACAUGAUUCUUCUGAUAAAUUAGUGGCCCCACCUCCACAACAUACAGAUGUACGUCCCCAGGAGAAAUCAAGUAGAGCACUUCCAGGUGUUAAUGGUAGCGAUGAGAGGGAUGAGAAUCAUGGUCCAGGUUUUACACCUCUAAUGCGUUUGACUAAUUCCACAUAUCCCAAUUAUUCUCAGGUGACUAUAUCUCCAAAUCUAAACAAUCUUGUUGUUGAUUUAGUCCCCCCUCAACAACAUAGAUAUUUAGCUGUGAAUGGCAAGGGUGAUGAUCAGACAAACAAAAAAUCAUCCACUAAUAUUGGGGUUUCAAUAGAAAAGGAAGACAGUGGAGCAAAUGGGUAUAUCAGAGGCCUUGAUAUUACCUCAAACCACAACUAUUUAUGA